UGGUUAUGUUUGCCCAUGCCGCAUCGAAACAAUCACGACUCCGGGCGCAAUAUUUCGCUUGGCACAGGCAACGUUCACAAAGGAAUUGGGCGAACAAAACAUGUGGCGGGUGGCACGUGUUUUGCAAUCGGUGGAAUGAGGCGAUCGGCAGAAGACCUUUGGCUAUGGUUGUGUUUUUCAAUGCAACGAACACUUUGACAUGGGUGACAACGCUCGCAGCUCUUUCACGCUGCAUAGCGCAAUCGCACUUGCAAAUAGCUCCAGAUUUUGCUGUUGGAUGGCUUGUUAUGCGUUCCACAGUGAAACUGCGACAGCCUUUGAAUCUUGCGCUGGCCGCUGGACUCUCAAAGUUGGCACCAUCGCUGUCAAUGCUGAAGGUUUCACCUUUGCUCACAGCUUUUGCGACAGACACCGACACUCGAAACAUGGCAACGUCUGCAUGGGCAAAAAUUUUUCGAUGCCGGCUUCUUGGCGUUCGAGGGAGGAGCAUUCUGCGAAGAUCUCUGCAAGAUGGGGCAAGAUUAUUCAGGUGGGCUGAAGGUCCUAUUGAUCGUUGCGGACUGGCGUUCUUUUUGAGCUGCAAAUUCACCAAUAUUUGCAUCCUAUGUGCUACCACUGCUGCUUCGAUGCGCGGAUUGGAUUUGUCAUCAUUUUGCGAUUUCGGACAUUUUCAGAAGGAUGCAGGAUUGUUGGCCUGUACAAGCCUCGUGAAUGCCGUUUUCGUACCCAUGCACUUCUAUGGCGCAGUUGGAUCACUUCGAGUCAUCGAAAGUUUGGCAGCGCGUGCUUGGCAAGAGCUUGCCGAGGACGAUCUUGGAAAGACAACUGAGACAACUGAGACAGAGAUGACCGAGGAGGUUUUCACCAAGAACUUGAUCUCCUUGGCCACAGCUCUCGCAGCAGCUUUUGAUUUGGCUGUCACUUUCUAUUUGAUUUGGCAUCUCACUGGCCCUGGCCUCGCUCACCCCUGGAUGUCAGGACAACCGGCAGCUCCGCUUGAACCUGGAGAGCAAAAAAGGAGUCGUUCGAACUGCUUUCUGACACGAUUUUUGUGUGUCAAACGUUGA